AGUCGCUGUUCUUUAUUUUAUCUGAGCACUUGAUUUGGUUUAGUAUUAACUGUGUAAAUAAACGAGAUUACAGUGCGUGUCGCUUUAAGAGUCAGUCUUCGGGUGGCUUCUUGAUAUUAAUAGAGCUGCUGUGUCUUCCUCCUCUGACGUAAUGCCCACAGCCUACAGAGAGACAGGCAGAGAGGUCCUGUCACAGCAAAGCGAUAACACUAGUCUGAACAAAAAAUUACAGAUAACGAGCUGCUCUGCUAUGGUUUGCUGUGGCCAGCAAAUCCGGGCUCUGGGCGGCUGAAUAACAUACUAUAACAUCGGAAUAUUACAACACCAGAGCCUACCUAACUCACUAAAUCAGUCGGUAUCAGUGGUGCCGCGAAGCCUUAACUAUCUCUCUUUCCCUCUCAGACCAAAGAAAAAAAAAAGAGACAGCCAAGACACAGUCACCCCGUCCGACAUCAUCAACAAACAAAAACCCCACAAAGAGACGAACCAGCCAGCCAGCCAGCCAGCCAGCCACCAUCUUAACAGGCUGCUGAAAGAGACACACACUGAGAGAGAAAAGAGGCUAAUGCUUAUUUUGAUCAACAGGUAAGCCGCACCAAAAGAAACACCACCAACACAAACGCAAACACCGUGCACGCAGCCCUCUCUGAGAGUUGGUGCAGUGACAUUGUAAACGGCAAGAAGAAGAGGAGAAAAAAAAAAAAAGAAAAGAAAAAGAAAAACGCAUCGGCGGUGUGCACGGGGUUGGAGUUGUGUAGAUGGCGAAAUGCAUGCUUGUCGGAUAAGUGGGUAAAAUGAGAUUUGGUCGUCUUAAAGGGAAGCCGGGCUAUCAGUGCUGCGUUUAAGGGCAGACGAAAUAUAUGCUCUGUUAGCCGUUGGUAGUUUUACGACGGGCAGCAGUCGGUUUGCGUCUUAUGUAACUAACGGCCUGAGCAGCGUCGGUAAGGAAAGAGGGAUCUGCUGAAUGAGAGAGAGGAAAGCAGAGAGCAGCGCCGCUUUGAAUUCACAUGGCAAUUUACAUUUAGGUUAGGACACCCAAACGCAACACAAAUACAAAUUGGGGGGCUACCGGGGACGGCUACUGCUUUGAUUUAAGACUCAGUUUGAAGCCAGCAGCAAGGGGACGUGGACUGACUUAGUCGCCUCAAGUAGGUUGUUAAAGUGAUGGUGGACUCUGACAACCGUGACUGAGGACCUAAACCAGAACCAAAAAAAAAAAAAAAAGGAGAAAAAAAAAGACCGGACAGCAAGGAGGGCAGCCUGCAUAAUACUUCUUACACGGAUCUACAACACACUUGAUCAAGCUCAAAGCUGUAUUGCCCAGCUGUUACGCAUAAGAGGAGCAGCAGCCCCUGGACCAAAAAAGAAGCUGAUGGGACGUGGAGUUUAAGACCUUAAGACAAAGGUUUUUCCUCUGAUGUUCACGGACCUGUUUGGAGUUACGUGGACCUGAUAAAGAAAUUGUGGGAUAUUAGUUUGGUGGGCCUGACAACCUGGUUUCUGCUUCCCAUUAUAUUGUGUGGAGUACAGAGAGCCAGUAGCCGAACUGUUGGCUGCUGCUGGACGGAGCGUUGCAGCACUGGGUCGACUCGAGACGCUUCGACAGAGCUGAUGCCAAGGCCAGGAGUCAGCCAUGAUGUUUUUAUAACCUGAUGAACAGCAGAGAGAUGGUGAGGAAGAAGAAUCCCCCUAUCAGGAGUGUGGGAGGUGAGGAGGAGGAGGAAGAAGAGGGGAGGAGGCCAGCAGGAGAAGAGGAAGAGGAGGGAGAGGAGGAGGGGAGAGUAGGAGCAGAGGCCGAACGAAUAAAUCGACCCUCUGAACCAGAAUCCUCCGACCGGAUCAGAGGAGAUGAGGAGCAGGAAGAGGAGGAGGGAGAAAGCGAGUGUGUAUCUUCAUCCGUCUCCCCUUCGUCCGUUGGUGACCGCUACAGCAACGAGGAGAGAGGGGGGAGAAGAGGAGGAGGAGGAGGAGGAGGAGGAGGAGGGAGGGCCAAACGAGGAGGAGCGGCGUUGACUGACAGACCGGAGAGCCAGUCGGAGGCUGAGGAUGGGGAGAAGGGGCUAGAGGAAGGAGAGAGGAGUGAAAGAGACAGAGCGGAGGCAGAUCAUCUCACUGCUCCUCUCAUCUCCGCUCCCCACCACCUCCUCCCCAGACAGGAAGGGGGGGAGGAGUCGACAACUGACACCCCUCCGCUGUCCUCCAGUCCGUCUCCUAAACUGCAGGACUUCAAGUGCAACGUGUGCGGUUAUGGUUACUACGGCAACGACCCGGCUGACCUGGUGAAGCACUUUAGGAAGUAUCACCUGGGCCUGCACAACCGUACACGGCAGGAUGCUGCCCUCGACACACACAUCCUGGCCCUCCACAACAUGGCUCCCCAACACACACCUCUAGACAUACAAACAGGACAGGGGCAGAGGAACCAAGCCAAAGAGUUGGGAAAGACAAGACCAGAAGUACACAAUCAGCAGCACAGGACAGUUAUGAUGAACGGCACAUAUGACGUACAGGUGACGCUGGGUGGCACGCUAAUUGGGAUUGGCCGCAAGACCUCCGAUUGCCAGGGGAAUACUAAGUACUUUCGCUGCAAAUUCUGCAACUUCACAUACAUGGGCAGUAAUUCAUUAGAACUUGAACAGCACUUCCUGUCCUUGCAUCCAAAUAAAGUCAAAACUCCACCAAGCACGCCCCUGCUGGCCAACAAUAACCUGUCAACACACGACAACCAGACGAAGGAAAGGAGUCAGAUCUUAGACAGGGUGGAGCGGGUCGCAGUGAGAGCGGAAGAUGAUUCCCUGGUGGGCUACUCCAUCCCAGUCAGGGCAUGUUCAGAUACGUCGAGCUGGACAGGGGAGCCGGGUCGAGAUGCCAUGCAGGCGUAUUAUUGGUGUAAAUUCUGUAGCUGGAGCUGUGAGUGGUCAGGGGGCUCAGCGAAGCUUUUAGAGCACUAUGAACAAAGACACCGAAUGAGCACGGGAGGUACUAUGAGCCCCAACAACUCUAACCCUGGAGGGAUGGACAGAGAGAGGGAGAGAGGAGGUAGAAGAGAAGGAGGAGACCACAUGGCAUCCAAAAGCCGCAAAGAUCCAUCAUCCAACCCGUCCAGCACCAGCCAAGGAGACCCAAACAGCAGUGAUUCAGAAGCGGUCGUGACCAGUUAUAACUGUCAGUUGUGUGAUUUCCGGUACUCGAUGGCCCACAGUGCAGACGUGAUCGUGGUAGCGCCUUUACUGCUGCACUACCAGCACAACCACUCCAUCCACCGGUGCUGCAUUCAGCACUGCAUGUACUGUCCGCAGGGGCUCUGUCAGCCGCAUAAACACCUGGGGGAGGUGUCUCACCCUUUCGCUUGUCGGAAGCCCACCUGCCCUAAAUGCUGUACCAAGUUUCCUCAGUCCACCAAACAGCAGGACGCCGUCACUUCAAAGCCUGCCACCGCCACCUCACCCAGUGUGACCCCUCCGAAUUCUAGAGGUGACCCCGCUGUGACAUGUCACCCCUCUAACCCCGCCCAUCCUGUUGUCACACAAGGCGUCACCCACUUGUGUGACCAGUGUGCGUUCGCCACCACCGACAUCGAUGUGUUGCUCCAACACUACGAAAGCUGCCACACCCUGAUCAACCUUAAGGGGGCAUCACCACAUGUCAAGGCAGAGGAUGAGGUUGGGGGAGACAAGGGCGGAGGAGGAGCAGGAGGAGGAGGAGGAGGAGGAGGAGAAAGGGAGUACUCUUGUACGAAGUGUCACUUCAUCACGGAAGUGGAAGAAGAGAUUUUUAGACACUACAGGCGUGUCCACGCGUGUUGCCGUUGUCGACGCUGCGACUUCACGGCUCCCGAUUCGUCAGCCCUCCUCGACCAUUUUAACUCGGCCCACUGUCAUGAAUCCUCUCCCUCAUUAAACUCAUUGACAACGACCUCCUUACCCACCUCACUGACGCCUUCGUUAACACUCUCAGCCAAUGGCUGCUCAGCUCCUUCUACCUUAGCCAUUAAAGAAGAAAGCAAAGGGGAUCUUCGCCUCCUCUACUCCCUUGCACCGCCUGAGGGACGGUUGGCAGAGGGAGGCAGAGAAGAGGCCGGAGGGGUGGUAAAAAGCGAAGGAGGUGAGGAGAAAGAAAGAGAGCGGGAGAAAGGCUGGGUUCUUGGGGAGACAAGAGGACUAGGGGAAAGAGGAAGUGAGCAGGCCCACGGUUUACUCUGGGUGCCCAAGGAGCGAAUGGGACCCGAAAGAGGGGUAGAAAGAGGGACAGGAGUUGGGAGCCCAUCUCUUUUCUCCUCCCCUCUCUCUUUGUCAUUUGUUUCAGCCAAUCAUGAGGCCUCGCAGCAGAAAAGAGGCGUGGCCUCACCUAGCAUGGUUUACCUGGGAGACACCAAGUCCUUUUUGGGAGAUAACAAGUCGUUUUUGGGAGAUGCCAAGCUGUACGGAGGAGGGAGGCCGGGAGGAGCCACUGGAGGUGGAGGAGAGAAACAGAUCCAGAUGCCCCCUCAGCAGUACACAGGAGGAGGUGGAGGAGGAGGAGGAGGAGGAGGAGGAGGAAGUGGAGGUGGAGGAGGAGGAGGACAGGAGACGAAAGGAGCAGCUAAAGAGGAGUCCCAGUCUCUGCUACGGCGGCGCAGAGGCAGCGGGGUUUUCUGUGCAAAUUGUCUGACCACCAAGACGUCGCUGUGGAGGAAGAACGCUAACGGAGGCUACGUCUGCAACGCAUGUGGUUUAUACCAAAAACUACAUUCGACGCCCAGACCUCUAAACAUCAUAAAGCAGAACAACGGAGAACAAAUCAUCCGACGACGAACCCGAAAACGCCUCAACCCAGAUUCGCUGUCAUCUGAGACUCCAGCCCCCAAGCAACAACGCAUCACCAGCGAGGAGCGUAUGAACGGAGAGGAGUCCGACAGAAGCUCCAUCAAAAACCAGCAGCCUUCCCCUCGCUCCCGCUCGCCCCGAUCCACUCAAGCCUUCCUAGCCAAUCAAACAUUGGAGAUCCACCGACGCAUGCCUCCUCUGCUCCUCCCUUCGCAUCCCCCCUCCUCAAUGGUAGCCGAGGGCAACGGGGGCAUCGUUGAGGGAGGGAUAAUAUCAAAAGUAGAGGGAGGUAAAGGAGGGGGGGGAUCUGAAAGAGGUAGUCCGAUUGAAAAGUAUAUGCGUCCAUCAAAGCCGUCUAGUUAUUCGCCUCCUGGUUCACCCAUUGAAAAGUAUCAGUAUCCCCUUUUCUCCUUACCCCUACCAUUAACCCUCUCACCCGAUUUGACCCCUGAGUCGGAUUGGCUCAGAUUCUGGACCAAGUAUAAGAUGGCAGCAGCCUCUGGGGUUCCUGGUAGCAUCAGUAAUCUAAGCAGCCCUGGUAGCCUCGGAAACAACGCCCAUUAUCUUGGUGCAAUGGUGACUCCAGUACAGCAUCAUCAGCAAAGCUACACGGUGCCUUACUGCUCCUCUCCCUACUCUCCUCUUCCGCCUCCUCCAGCACCUCCUCACUAUCCUCCUCCUCCUCUUCAUUCCCAGACCUCCUCGUCGUCAUCAUUAGAAAACGAUGCUCCUUUGGAUCUUGCAAUAAGACAGAGAGAUACGAGUGCUGCAAAUGCGCACAUGUCGACAAAUGGUGCAGAGAGGAGAAGACAAGAGUCGCCGCUGGCUGAGAGGUUGAGGGAGAACUGGAAAGGAGAAAAGGAGGAGGAGGAGAGGAUAGAUGGGGGGAACCAGAGGGAGGAGAUAGGAAAGGAAGAAAAGGAUCAUUUGAUAAAAGGUCGGUCAAGUGUCCCAACAAACCGCACCAUGGUGGAAGUGGCCACGCAGGAUGACCUGACCAACCGCUGCGUCCACUGUGGGAUCUACUUCCUCGACGAGGUCAUGUAUGCCCUGCAUAUGAGUUGCCACGGCGACCAGGGACCAUACCAAUGCAGUUUUUGCCUCCACGUGUGUGUGGAUCGCUACGAUUUCACCACGCACAUACAGAGGGGCUUACACAGGUACACAGACAAAACGUCGCAAAACAGGAGUCACGCGCAAGACGGCAUAAUUCAGAACGCUGCAGCGAUGUUGGAGCGCGAGUGUCACAAUGUGACGCCAGAGGGAAAAGAUGAGGGUGAUCACAGUGAGGUCACAGAUGAAAGCAGUGAUGUCAUAGGAGAUAGUCUUGACAACCAAGCAAAAGAAAUUGCAGGCAAUGAUGCCAAUGACAAUGAAACAGAAGUCGAAAAGGAGGUAGGAGGAGAGAGUCAUGACGCAACAAUCCAGGAAUUGGGAGACGAGAUGGUGUCAGAUAGCGGUGAUGACAUCACAAAAAACGCAGAGGUCACAACUGUUGCUGAAUCUAAAAACUUAGACGAGAACACAGAGAGUAAUUAAUCUGAUGCCUUUGACUCACACAAACCUUGAAGAAUGCGUUUUAUUGGAUGAAUAAGCUGUAUGCCUCCACGUUCCUGGAGGCUAGCUCAUGUCAAAAUGGGCCUAUCCUGGGCACUAAAUGGAACACAUCCUUAUGCUGGAAGCACUCGGCUGUCAAAAUGGUCAAAAAUCAUUGUAGGAUCCCGCUGAACUGCUGCAGGGACAGUUUGGAGGAAUAGCCUGAAUCCUGUGUUGAGUGACGGUCACUUGACAGCUCUGUGGCAAAAAAAAAAUAAAAUUUCAACAACAGAGUCCAACAUGCAGCUGAAAUCACCUUUAUUAAACAGCCACUUGAUGUGCUUUCCGAAUAAGAGGAUUGGAAGCUCAACUGAAAGUUGGACUGCUCUCAUUUAGGAUGAGUCUGAGGAGCUCAGCACUUGCACAGCCACCAUACAGCAAAAGCAAAAAAAGAAAAUGCCAGAAGCAAAACACUUUAACUGAACUGAGCUGGUCUGUUAUGCACGAUGCUAAAACCUGAACCCAGAGCUGGUCCAAACUAGUCUGGUGCAUCAUUCAGACUGUUUUAUCUCGGUACAACCAGAUCUGAUCUGGUUAGAACGACUUUGUUCUGGUCUGGAGCAUGUUUAUGACUGUUUCACCGCUGUGCAUAUGGAUACAAAACCAAAACUUAUUUUGACUCUUUGAAACUGGUCAGAGUUAAACCAGUUUGGUCCAGUUCAGCUGGUGUUACCUUGGUACAAAAAGGAUCAAUUGGUUUCUUUCACUCGUGCCCUGUUGUCUUUGAACGUGUCAAUGCAAAAUCACCACCGCUGCGAAGCGAGAGACUGGUUGGGUUUGAUUUGACCGUGACUUUUUUGAACUGCUUGAAACCAGUUUCAACUGGUUAAACCGGAGUAAUUCCGGACCGAAGUGUUCUCUUCAUCCAUUUGGAUCGAACCAAGUGACAUUAUUUUCUACCUUCCUCCGUGCCAUGAUACUAGCUACGUGCCUGGCUGCCUGCCUAAUAGAACAACCAUCUAUUAACCUGCUUAACAUUUAUAUUAAUAAUAAUAAUGGUAAUAAUAAUUAUGAUGAUGUUAUAGUACAAAACAUGCAAUUUGCUACACUUUCCUAUAUAUAAUAUGUUAUUUUGUAAAGACAAAUAAUGCUUUUUUGCAGGAAAUGGUACUAUAAAAAUUAGUCUAUUUGAGUUUUUUCUUUUUUUCUUUUCGAGCUAUUUUGUCAUUUGUGUUCUUAUGGAGACUUGUUACAUUGAUAACAGCUGUCUAACAGAUAUGGUACAGCAAAAAGAGGGGGUUGUGUGUAUGUGUGCAUUUGUGUAAUUGCGUUUUAUGUGUGUAAGGAUCAAAGGAUGUGUCCGUCCCCAAACAAUGAUGUAAAAUAAUGAAGGCUUGCGCUCGGUAUUUCAGUCCUCAGGGGUCACACGUGUUGCACACCAACCCACCUGUUUCAUAGCAUGUGACACAUCAUUUUUACAUGUUCGAUGGUCUAAAGGUUUUAGCAUGUUACAUAUUUUUCUCUUAUAUAUAUGUUAUCAUGUUCUUUAUGUGUUAACAGAUCAAAAUGGUCUUAGUACGUAACUUUUUAUUUUCUGUUUGUGUUUCACAUGUUGUUAGGUUACAUGGUUUUUUAGAGAGACUUAGGAACUUAGGGAGAUAAAUCUUAAAUUUAAAUUUAUCAUAAGGAUCAAUAAUUUGGGUUAACUGUAUAAAUGUUUGCUCUGUACUGUGCUCUGAGUGUACAGAGUGUCUUGCCUACAGUGUUUUAUCAGCCUAUCUCAUAUUUCUGAGAGUUUGGUAGGUUACCUCUACGUAGCAUGUUACCGUCUUAUAAAAUCUGCUAAAUGAGUUGCCUUUUCCUUGGAUGGGAACUGUUACACGUCAGACCGAAAUAAUACUGAAAAACAAACAAACAUUUUGUGUCAGUGAAGUCAUGCCACUUUUCUACCAUUUACUGCCCACAGUUGGGUUCUUCUAAACAUACUCGUGGAAAAAAGACCCACCAUAACCGAGUCUCUCUUUAAACCACAUUUUACAGUUCUCAUUGUUAAUUCACAUCAUUGAAAGAGUCGUGACAGUCAGGUCUUUGAGUCCCCGCUAUGUGUAAGAACGGAGCAACACAGUGGCCAUCUUGUUUAUUUUUAUAAUAAGAGAAUCACUUCUCUAGCCUUGCUGCCUUAGUUGCUAAAAAUACAAACAAAAAAAUCACCAAGGGACUCCUUUUGAAGGAAGUAAUAAUAGGCCAAGAGAAAAUAAAAGACGGGAAGGAUGAAAGAAUGAGGAAAAAAAAGAUAUUUUUCUAUGCUUAUCCAAAAGACAUGAAUGAAAAAAUAUUCCGCCUAGUGCCUGCUAACUUGUACAGUUUUUCUAAAAGGUGUGUUUAUCUGUGUCAAAAAGUAACUUGUAACUUAUGAGUCAUGUCAGGCAGAAGUUGGGCAAACAGACUUUUAUAUAAAUUCCCAUGCAAGUUAUCAGAGUCAUGCAUUAUGAUAUUUUAUUUCAGCCUAACCCGUGAGAAAGACCCACAGGAGCCUUUAAAAAAUGAAAUCGGUUGCUAUGUGAACUGUCAGUCAGUUAACCAACUUUAACUUUUUGCAUGUGUGCACAUGACUUUGGAGAAAUGUUGACACAUAUCUCAUCAUUUCUGUAUGAAAGUAUGAAACUUAAUGCCAAGUUUAUUCGGAGAUGGAAGCUGAAUUAUGGCAUGCAGUCAUAUCACCAGAGUGUCCAUAUCAUGGUAAAGGUGUUUUGUGGGAGGUAAAGUCAAGAUGGUUUUGUUAAAAAAAAAAAAUCGAAUUUCAUUUGAUUUUGAAACCAGCAGUGAGAUGAUUUCUUUCUGGCUUAAAUUUUAAGAAAGCAAGGCAACAAACUAUAAAAUGUGACAAACUCCACAAAAUGAAAUAGUAAUAACUUUCACCAGAGCAGUCGGUGUGUUUUGGAGCGAAGGAGUCGGAUUCAUUUUAGAUAUCAGGAAGCCAAAAAGUGAAACUGAAGCAAAACACAGCUGGUGUCACAAAAUCUAACAGCCACCUCAAACCGGCACAUGUUCUGAGCAGACUCAUUACAAACACUACCAAAAAGUAACAUUUGCAUUUUGGGAACAUAAAACUUAACAAACUACUCGUGUAGAAAUGUGGGCCGUUGCUACAACAUAUGAACCUACAUUGCGUACUGGUGAAGUUUGCUUCAUGUCCCGGUUUCGCCCGUGAGACGGCUGCAUAGUUAAAAUGGGAGUGUAUCUGUUGCUGUGUCAGUAAAAAAACACGUUUGACACACUUGUGGUCUCAACACGGGGUAAAUGGAGAUUAUUGAAAUGUCUUUUUACUGCAACUGAGCCGUUUGCGGGGAUACAGUGAUUCACAACCUAAAAUAAAUGUGGGACGGGCAUAAAGUUGGCCCCGACUCACGUCGCCCUUUUUAUGUGGAGUGCUGUUUGAAGGUUAAUACCACUAGUAUUUACCUCACAGCAUCAUUUUACAUUGAAAGAUCCUGUAUACUCUGUAUGUUGAGGCAUAUAGAGCAAAACCUAACCCUUUUUCAGUUUCUAUUGAAAUGCUAAAAACCAGCACUGAACUGAACGUCUCAUGAAAACACUAAAAAAAAAAAACCUUUUCAAGCUAUUGCAGCAACGUAUUGACAUUUGAGCUGACAGUCUAGCUUAUCACAGUCUUCUCACUGCUGCAGUUCAAUGCAAAGAAACCAGCCUAACUAUUUAGGAGCGUGAUGUGAAAGCACACAUUCACCUGUGCCACCCUCGUGUCUGACAUACCGUACAUCUCACUCUGGUGUUAGGGGGGGGGGUUCAGUUAGCACCUUUACCAUGUAUGGCUCCACUAUCCAUAUCACACCUGUCAAGCAAAGGCUUUAUUAACUGCAUUAGUUAGAUGCUUUAGAAAUCAUUUCAUUCUUGCAUUUGCUGAAUCAGCCAUUUCAUAAAACAUGUUGCAGUUGUCUUAACUCACGGAAAUCUCUUGUGCUAAUGUGUAAAGUUUUGUAGAAUUUACUUCUUUUUUUUUAUUUAAUUGUUUUAGUUAUGGGCGUCUCUUAAAGGCAGACUGACUAGGAUUUCAAAAAUCAAUCUAUCUGAAAACAAUCCUUCUAAACCAGCACUUCUAGAAGUGUGUGGUGGUGUCUGUAUCUGCAGACCCCUGACCUCGGCCUGUAUCAGUUCAUGAUGUAAUGGGCGUCAACCUCCGGGCAGAGGGUGUGUAGCCAACAGCCAAUAGCAGCGCACAGGGUGCAAAAAAACGUAGCAACCAGGUGCCGGAUCGUAAGCACACAUCCAAGAGGAAGCUACAGGGGAGGAGGGAUCAACCUUGAAUGUUGUUUACAGACCGCAAGCAACAAAUCCUACUUAUUCUGCAUUUAAGGGGCUGCUGGCAUAAUAGAACCUGUUUACAUUUACAAAUGUAGCAAAGAAAAAGAGCAAAGGAUGAAUCGGUGCUUUGCUGAAAGACAGAACAAAAGGAAGGACUGAGGGAUACCUGCUGAGAUGGAUAUAUGGGUGCCUUUUGAAGAAUAGAUGGCGGGAAGGUGGAUGAACAGAGGGACAAUGGGAUGAAAUGACGCUUUUAGUGGCUGUUAAAAAGCGGUUUAGUUUAUGCAGCCAUCAAUCCCUCUUUUCUGUCCCCUCCCUUCAACGUCACUUCUCAUAUGUCGUCUAAUUUGAAACGUACCUCUCCAUCUCUUUCUUUUUCUCUCUCCACCUGCUCCUACCCCUCUGCCACUCAUCUUUCCUGCAUCCCUUCUUUUGAUAAAGGUAUUCUCGGUUGGUAGACUGGUCAAGGGGUUUUAAAAAGGAGUUAGGUGAUUGUGGCAUACCGUGUUGCACCCAAAAAGCUGAGGUCAACUCAGAACCGACAGGAGCUGCUUUUGUUGUUACCGGCAGUUAAACAAAAGAAAAGAAAAAAAAAUCCUUGCUAGAAGCAAAAUGGAUUUUCUCAGAUUUAAGGUUUAUUCAUUUGCCAACAGGACAGCUGAUAAAAAUUCAAUGUGAAUUUUCAUCAUUUACAAGAUCUUCAGUUCCUUUGGUAGAGAUUUCCAUGGGGUUUCUAAGAAACAGUAGGACAAAGGUGUGUGUGUGAAAUGAGAAGAAAAGGAUCAAAUGAUUUCUUUCUUUUUUUUUCCUUUUCUGAUAAAUCUGGGUAUACAUCUCAACUCGAGGAUUUCUCAGUGAGCUGGAGACAAACUCUGAUGCCAAAAUGUUUCAAUAGUUUAGCUUUUGAAAGAAAAUCGUUCCCCUGUUCCCUCUGAGUUAAAAGUUAAAAGAACACACGGCCUUGUUAAGAAAAAAAAACUUUGCUAAUGCACACUUUUACUGUUGUAAGUGCUCUGCAGAAGCCUUUCCUGUCCAAAUAUCUACUUUUGUGUAUUUGCUCGCUUGAAAUCCCAUGAGUCAUGUUAGUAUGCUGUAUAUCUAAAACCCGAAUAGAUGUUAAUACUGAUAGAAUCACUUCACCUGUCGUUUAUUUUUCAUAAUAGGCAGAUUUGGUUAAAAGGAGGUUCUGCAGGACACACAUGACUUGACCUUGUUUUACUUCAAUAAGAGUGUAUGUUUUAGGUUUGAUGGCAUUUCACAUCAGCGUUUACAUUGGGGGAGCCUUAACAAGUGUUUGUUUUUUUGUCUCUGUCAGAAUGUGUUAUAGAAAAUUAUGCUGUUGCUUGCACUCCAUUUAUUAUGUUCUUAUUGCCAAGGAAGGGACAACACACACACACACACACACACACACACACACACACAUGCACACACAUAUACACACGUACACAAAGACACACCGGCAGUGGUACGGAUUGAGUGUACAUGAUGGGAUGUACAGUGUUAAUCAUGGGAGACAAGGGAGCUAAAGGCCAGUUUAUUAAUGGUCAGACAGACACACGUGCAUGAACACACAUCACACACACACACAUCAACUAUGUACAUUUAACCAAUAUAUUUUAGUAGAAUUUUGUCUCUAUUCAGUUGAAUGGCUUUUAUAGAAAAUUUUUGAUUUUUGUUUUUUUUUUUUUAGUUUUUUUUUCUUUUCUUUUUUCUCAUGUUGUAUUUUAUUCUGCUACCUUCUGUACGUUUAUUGUUUUUAGGUUUUAUUUCAUGAAAAAAAUGAUAUUUCAACAACAUAUUUUGACAGCCAAGAAAAAGUUUGUUACACAGCUAAACUUGAAGAAUAAUGUUGAUGAUGAUGACGAUGAUAAUAAUUAAUAAAAGUAAUAACAAACA